UUCUUCAUGGACGUUCAGAUAGAGUAUACGAAGCAUUUAGAAUGGAGAGACAUGUUUUUCUUAACCUUUGUGGUUUGCUCAAGUCAAGAGGUUGGUUGGCAGACAGUCGAUAUGUUAGGGUAGAUGAACAGGUUGCCAUGUUUUUAUUAAUGAUUUGUCACAAGAACUCCAACAAAGUUUUAUGUGAGAGAUUCCAACGUUCAGGAGAGACUGUUAGCAAGUACUUUGCAGCGGUGUUGAAAGCUGUUUUGGAAUUGGCGAAGGAGAUUAUCGUACCUCCUUCGUUUGAUGUUGUCCCAGAAGAAAUUCGGAUUGAGCCAAAGUUUAAUCGUUACUUCAAGGGGUGCGUAGGUGCUAUUGAUGGCACCCAUAUUCAUGCUACCGUACCUGAACAUAUGCAACCACGAUUUAGAGGUAGAAAAGGCACAACCACUCAAAACGUGCUGUGUGUGUGUUCCUUUGAUAUGCGAUUUACUUUUGUGUAUGCUAGUUGGGAAGGAUCAGCCAACGAUUAUCGGGUGUUGUCGGCCGCACUUGACACACCUCACCUAUAGUUUCCUCGACC